AUGUACCGGGCUGAGGUACCUGCAUACGGAGCCCUGGUGCAGAUUGUGAAGCAAGUCGAUAGCGAUGUGCUCACCGGGGAAGGCAAGAGCUCCAACGCCCUGCCACUUCGGCAUCAACUCGAGAGACACGGCGCGAUAAGACUCGGCACAGAUCAGGAAUUGAGGGACGUCACAAGACUGUUCGCGGUGAUGGGGAUGUAUCCCGUGGGCUACUACGAUCUGCGCGUCGCUGGAAUCCCGCUGCAUGCUACCGCAUUUCGGCCUGUAAGGGAAGACUCGUUGGUUCGAAAUCCUUUCAGAGUGUUUACUUCAGUCCUGCGGAAAAGCUCGGUACCGGAAGAGACCAGGAAGCUUGCUGAGGCUGCACUGGUGAAGCGGAGUCUUUUCAGUGAGAGAUUAUUAGAACUCGUUACCGUUGCAGAACGCGGAGAGCCUAUGACUGGUCGGAGCGCCGAGGAUCUUAUAGCUGAAGCUUUGAAAAUCUUCAAAUGGCAUUCUCGAUCCACUGUGGCGCUCAAUGACUAUCUUCGACUCAAAAAGGAACACCCGAUGAUUGCAGAUAUCGUGUGCUUCCCCAGCGCCCAUAUCAACCACCUAACCCCGCGAACUCUGGAUAUUGAGCUUGUUCAGAAAAGAAUGGUUGAGCAGGGUCUACCAGCAAAAGAAAGGAUCGAGGGCCCCCCUGUCCGUAAUUGUCCCAUUCUACUCCGCCAGACGAGCUUCCAAGCGCUGGAAGAGCAAGUCCAAUUUUUAGGCAUCGACGGUGCAUUCCUCCAGGGCACGCAUACUGCUAGGUUUGGUGAGGUCGAGCAGCGUGGCGCAGCUCUUACCCGGAGGGGUCGAGCGUUGUACGAUCAACUACUACAACAGGCUAUCCUUGAAAACGAAACCGACCCGGUCCGCACAGGAAAAGGCUUUGAUCUCAUUCUCAAAGAGGCAUUCUCGAAAUUUCCUGACUCUUGGGAGGAGCUGCGGUCUGAGGGAUUGGUGUAUUUCCGCUAUCAGGUAACCCCAAAAGGCAUAAGUAUGGAGUCCCUGUUGGAUCCGACAGCCCACAAACGUCAAGCUAGAAUCACGCAACUGCUCUCGCGGGGAUCUAUAGAAUGCGCUCCCAUUACCUAUGAAGACUUCUUGCCUCUAUCCGCUGCGGGCAUAUUCAAGUCAAACCUUGGAGAUGAGCCGGUAAGGCUGUUGACAGAGCUCAAUGAGAACGGCUUGAGAGAGCUCGAAGGAGCCUUGGGUCGCAGGAUCUUGGACCCAUUUGAGCUCUACGAGGAGCUAGAGCAGGAUAGUAUAAGGGAAUGCCGGGAGAUGUUGUGUCUAGACGAUAUUCUACUGUACUAA